CACACUUUCAAAAGGACGCUCUGAACUUCGCGUGCAUCCCUCAGUAUUUAAAUAAAGGAUGGGCAUUUAUAUUGCAAUCAGUUAUAAAGAAAACGUGGAAAGGAUUUCAUGAAUACGAAAUGUGGCGGAAGGCAGUGGCGAUGUUUUGUGAAUUUAUAAGGUCUUUUAUGACGACCUUUAGUGGAUUUCUCAAGUCUUUUGUGCAAAAAAAGGGGCUGCUUUGGAUUUUUGUGCUCGGCGUUUCUGGAUGGAGCACGGUUACUAUAUUGGUUCUUUUAAAAAACAGAUACGAAACGGACUCCACGACCAUAGGGGUGUCGACUGCCUACAGUCGCUGGAUAAACACCUUCCCAUCGAUAGCAGUCUGCUUGACAAAAACCCGAGUGACAACCGAAUUCCAAUACGAACUCCAGAAAUACUUAGGUCAAAACUUAAGCUACACCAUUGCAAAAACUAUAUACGAAUAUGCUUUUAUUAACCCUAACAACUUGAACGAGAAGGUAGCCUCUUGCAAGAGUCCGUGUGAUGUCGAUAUUACGAAGUUAAGAAGAGAGUUUUUUCCAACAAAUUGCACUGAGUUCUUUGAGAAAGUAUACUUUCGUGACGAAUUGAUGCCAGAUUGCGAAGAGAUAUUCAAGUUUCAUGAGACGGAAAUGGGCUACUGCUUUCUGGCAAACAAUCUAUUGGACUAUAAGACUAUCGAAGAUAUGCCUCUCAGGUAUUCUUCGUUGGACAAAAACCGAAAUCUGCGAUUGAUCUUCCGACAAGCUUUAAUAUAUGCAUAUGAGUUGUAUGUAAACAGCCCUGAGGAUCUGCCCUUCUUCAAUGCCUUGUCCUACGGCAUCUCCAACGAACCCCAAAUACACGCCUUCAAUGUCGAGGAGAUUCACAAUCAGGAGGGUGUCAUCGACGAGCCCGUUUCCCAAAGGAAGUGCAAGUUCCCAAGCGAAAGUUCUGUCGAGGGGUUUCCUUACAGCUUCUCGACCUGCAUGUCCGUCAUCCGGAGUCAGUUUGAGAUGGAACUCUGCAACUGCACGCUAUUCAACCCCAAGGAUCGCAACGAAAGUAUCUAUUGCGGAAUAGCGGCUACCCAAUGCUUAGAGCGCGCGAACUUGGCAUCAAAAGUGAAGGAGUAUGUUGGAAAGAACAUGGUUUGCUUGCCAUCCUGCGUGGAGCAGCAGAUAAGUUUAGUGGGGUCCAUUAUGGAUACGAAAAACGUAUACAAGAAUGGAGAACACGUCGUCGAAGUUCAAAUAGCCUCUCCACCCACAGCGAGGUAUCACAGAUCAGUCACGCAAACAAAACUGGAUCUAAUAGUUGGCAUCGGAAGUGUGGUAGGACUCUUCUUCGGCGCAUCCCUGCUGAACCUCUUGGAGAUCAUUUCGUACUUCAUAAGAACAGUCAAGACUAUGAUUUUUGGUUAG